AUGCCCAGUGUCUCCAACGUUGCUCGAGCCCCUGCUCCAAAUACUCACCAUGCAGGUAGGCGACACAGGAGGACCAAGAACGGCCCGGUCGACAUUGCGGUCCCAGGAUUGUUCCAGGAAACGAUCUUCUCGGCUCCAGACCUCGUGCGGCAAAUCGCCAGCUACCUGGCCAAGGACGAAUUGAGGGCUGUCAUACGUGUCAACCAUGCUUGGAACGCCCUUUGGUCCCCCUAUGCCCACUCAUACCUGCUCAUCAAGAAGCACAGCCCGACCCGUAGAUUUUCCAAGCUCCAGAUCUACGGCCAGCAUGUCAGGAUUCUGGAGACCAGAGAUCUGCAGCCGAGAAACGCUGUUCAUCUGAUCUGCCAUAUGAAAAACCUGCAUUCACUGACACUUGGCCACACUGGUUCCUUGAGCACCCAGCAACUUCAGGAGAUUGCCGAGCCCGCCUCUCAGCUUCGAGUUCGCAUUGACGACGUCCCCUUCAUGCUCAAGUCCUGCCGGAAACUCAAAUCGCUGGUUUUAAGGGCGAGUACCCUUGUCGAGGAAUUCACGGAUUCCAAGAAAUACACGGAUUUGGUCAAGGCCAACGAAAGCCAAUGGGCGAACUCUUCCCUUCAGUCCCUGUCCCUCGAUCAUCAGAAGGUGGAGCGGUGCCUAUUCCAAGCGGACGAUUUCAAGCGAGCGGGGCCCUGGAUCCGCCGCCUCUUUCAGCACAUCCCUAACUUCGACACCAUCAAAUUCUUGGGCUGCGGCACUAUCUUACCCUGGGGAUGGUACUGUAUCCUUUCGGAUCGUACCAACAUGCAACGUGUCGAAAUCGACUUCACUCCUUCAGCGAGCCGAUAUAACGCCAGAAUCAUACCUGUUACUGGAGGUGCGGAGCUUCUCAAUGCUCUAUCAGAGUCGUGUCCAAAUCUCAAGCUGCUCGAUAUCACGCGCAUACCAUACUCACCGAGCGUGGCAUUCGAGAAGUUCAUGCGAGUCAACGACCGUCAUUUGCAAACGGUCUCUCUCAAGCACUCGGAUUUCAGCGACUUGGCCCUUAGUGAAUUGGCGCGUCUCCCUCCUUCAACACUCUCAGCGCCACAUAGUCUCGUCGAUCUCGAGCUUGGAGGAUGUGGCCUGACCACCAGCAGCAGCGCCAUCCUAAUCCUCGAGAACUACGCGCUUUUACGCAGCUUGAACCUAUUAUCAACAAUGGCAAGAACCAUCCAUCUGUUCACAGGCAGCAAGCCCUGGCCAUGUGCCAAGGUACUGGAAAAGUUCAGUAUCGCCAUCCAACCGAUCGAAUUCUGCUCUCCGCUCAAGCUGUACAUGCCUGAAGAGCAGCAGCUGACCAGGGAGCGACUGUGCUCAUUCACAUCCCUCCUUUUACUGGAUUUUAGGGGUGAGGCAUCGACUUUCGAAAUCGCACAGGACUUUUCGUUCGCUCCAAACCUUCGGAAGAUGACUCUCUGGUUUAUGUUGCUGGCGGAUGAAGACAAAACGUAUAAUCGGGUAUCUGCAGCGGUCGAGGAGCACAAGGAGGCGUUGUUCCCGGGCUCCUCGGACUGGGAUGUGAUGUGGUUCGGGGGGUACGCCCGGAGACGACCCUACAACUGGCCUCCCGAACAGGCACAUGAUUCGGCUCGAGGAGGAUGCCUAGAGGCGGUGAAGCAUGAAUAUCGUUAUCGUUGGGUUCCAGCUUGUUAA